AUGAACAUGAAUAUGCACUCAAGUGCGAUGAGCGGUGGAAUGGGUGGAGGACUCGGAGGAGGUAUGGGCAACGUGGGCAAUGUAGUCAGCGGCAUCCACAGCAUCGGCCUGCAUAGCGGGGGAGGAGGGUUAUCGGGAGCGUUUCACAACGGGAUGCACGGUGUAGGGAACCUUCAGCAUGCAUCAGGAGCGAACAUCCAGAGCUUCCAUGGCUCGGGCUUCGUGGGGAGCUCCAGUGCGGUGCACGGCAUGGGCCAAGUCGAUAUCCCCCACAACCUGUCGAGCAUUCUUGAUUCGGUGGCUGCCGGGGUUAAACGGCCCACAAGGAAGACUUGGACGGAUAGCGAGAAGAAGGCUGUGCUGGAGCUGCUGAGCUUCAACGGGGGGAGUAAGAAGAAGACGCUGGACGCCCUUCAGGCCAAGUACGGAAGCGCCUUCCAAACCAUCAGCCUGCAGACCCUCAAGCGAUGGCAGAACGCGAUGCACCGUGCGGACCUGCAGGCGGCAGAGACGGGCGAGCCGGUGAAGCUGAACAGGAAGAGGGGGAAGAAGACUUGCACCCCCUUCGAAGAGGACCUGUUGAACCGUCUCCUCCAGGAGAACCUGGGCGAUGUGUCGCAGAUAGCAGGGCACAUCCCGUACGCCACCGUCAUCAACGCUGCGAACGCUCUGAGAGCUGAUCCUGCAUGGAGGGAGGAUGAGAAGGUCAAGAAGCUCAGGUUCAGCAACACUUGGGUGCGCUCCUUCCUGCUGCGGAACAACCUGAAGCCCCCAGAGACCGUGGAGGUCCCGCGGUAUGGAGGUGGGAGGAUGGAGGAGAGGGGGAGACUGGCGGGGACGAGGAGGAAGAGGAGCGAGAUCAGCAGCGCGAGAGGAAGGCAUAUGAUGGAAGGUUCUCCUCCUCCGUUGCGUGAGCGAGGAGUGAAGAUGCGUCGACUAGAGAAUCAGGUGUCGGUGCUCAAAAUGCAGCUCGAGGAGGAGCGGAGGCGGAACUCGUUGCUAGAGCAGCAGCUGUUCCAGUGCCAGCGAGGAGGAGAAGGCGUGGGGAGGAUGGAGAGGUUGUGGAGCGGGCAGGGGAUAGGGGGAGUCGCUCCCCAGUGGAGCUCCGACAUGAUCAACCAGAGACCGAUCUGA